AUAAUUAAAAUAGUGACCAGAUUUAAUUUGGAAAAAAAUGACAUAUAGGCGCAUAGAAAAAUUAAGAUGGGACAUGGAGAUUUAACAGAAUAGGGAUAAUAUUCCUUUUAUUUAGAGUACAUGAGCUAAUAUGUUGAAAAAGAUCUAACGAAGGGCAAAUAUAAUUUUUUGAGGGUACAAGGGCAAAUUUGACCAUUUUCCAUUUAAAUUAUUUUUUGCCCGAGCUAUGAAAUUUUGAACUGGUUAGGCGGGCCACUACUAUUGGGUCCACAUUUAACACCCUUAAACAGGUUGAAUAUUUUUAAAAAGUUGCAUUAAAUCUUUAAAAGGAAAGGAAUUUUUAAUGUAAAUUUGCAUUUUUAUAUGCAACAUAACUGCCUAGGCUGCUGAGAAAGAGAAGCAACUACCUUGGAGACCGUUAUGAAAAAAGCAGAUCCAAAAACACACCUAAGAAACUCCCCACACCUCUCUUUCUUGGUCAAAUAUAUGCGUACUAUUCUCACUUUCCCCUUUCCAAGGAUCACCCUUUUGUCUGUUUUCUUUAACAACUUUAGUCUCUGAUCCUCUUCUUGGUCUCUCUGCUAUUGUAAUUAUUACUACUAUGCAUUCUUGGGCAUUCUUUAGAACAUCUAAGCCUGCAAUCCGAGUGCUUGCGGCUCAAAAUUCUGUAUUUAUUCGUUCCAUCUUCACCAAAUCAAACGAUUUUCGUUCUGCCUCCAAUGAAUAUAAAAGUCGUAGAACACUGGUUGAAUCCUUUUUGGGUUCUGGGCUCAUUAUUGCUGCCUCAACUUUAGCUCUUUAUUAUAAUAUUUCAUCCUCUUCUGAACAUAUUUGUUAUGCUGAUUCUGCAAGUAGAAAUGAAGACCCUGGGAAAAAGUCCAAGUUUUUAUUUGGAGAUUCUUACCGGAAAAAGGUUUUCUUCAAGUACGAGAAACGGUUGAGACUGCAAAGUCCUCCUGAAAAGGUGUUUGAGUACUUUGCGUCUUACCGAACUCCAGGUGGCGAAGUCUGUAUGACUCCAGGAGACUUAAUGCGAGCAGUUGUACCGGUGUUUCCUCCAUCUGAAACAACUGGUGUUAGAGGGGGUUAUCUCAAAGGAGAAUCCCCUUCAAGUGAGCUAAAUUGUGCUCCUUCUGAAUUUUUCAUGCUCUUCGAUACCAAUAAUGAUGGACUUAUAUCAUUUGCAGAGUACAUAUUUUUUGUUACACUACUGAGCAUCCCGGAAUCAAGCUUUUCGGAGGCAUUUCAAAUGUUUGACCUUGACAAUGAUGGAGGAGUUGACAAGGAAGAAUUUAAGAGAAUGAUGGAACUCAUGCGAACUGCUAAUAGACAAGGUGCUAAGCAUAGAAAUGGAAUGCGAUUUGGACUAAAAGUCACUGGUUCAGUAGAGGAAGGAGGUCUGUUGGAGUACUUCUUCAGCAAAGAUGGCAACGGGCGCCUUGAGCAAGAAAAAUUUGUUCAGUUCUUACGAGAUUUACAUGAUGAAAUAUCGCGAUUGGAAUUUGGCCAUUAUGACUACAAGUCACAAGGAAGCAUUUCUGCCAAAGAUUUUGCUCUAUCAAUGGUUGCAUCUGCUGAUAUAAGUCACAUCAACAAGUUUCUUGAUCGAGUAGAAGAUCUGGAUGGUGAAACACGGCUUAGAGACGUACGCAUUACAUUCGAGGAAUUCAUGAGCCUUGCUCAGCUACGCAAAGAAUUGCCGUCAUUUUCUCAAUCCAUCUUAAGCUAUGGGAAAGUAAAUGGACUUUUGUCGAAGCAAGAGUUGAAAGAAGCUGCUAACCAAAUUGUGAUGGGACUUUAAGCUCAGAUGAGUUCCUAAGAGUGCUGCAAAGAAGAGAGCCAGAGAGUUCACAACAAAGAGAGUCAGGUGUUGUGGGCUUCUUCUCUGGCUGGCUGGACUCCACAAAAAAGUAGUUUUUCUUGCAAGAGCACUCGCUAAUUGUUUUUGAUUUACUAACACCUUUUGACCCUAGGGAAAAUGAUUCAACAAUAGUGGAUACUGAUAAAGAUUGUAGAGAAUCCAACAUUUUGUAUUAGUUUUUAUCAAUAGGAAUUCUAUGAAGGGAGUUGAACUUUUAGAGUUCCACAUCUGGGCAUUGUACAGGGCCUGCGUAUAAAAUGCCUCAAUUCAUAAGCAGUAAUGUACAAUAAUAGUUUGUGUUGUUCCCCAUAUCAGAAAGC